CCCACUCAAUGUUUUAUUCUCUGAUGACAUAUGUAGAUUAAUAGCUUGUAAAGGUAACUCACUUAUUAUCAGUAGCUUUUUCUUCUUUGCCUGUACACAGUCCGCAGUUUAUUUUAUGUACAAUAGCCAAGCUUAAACGACUUGAUGUCAUCUUGUAAAGUAAUUUCGAUACGUAUUAUCUAAACGCACAGCAAGACUAUGCAAAAAAAAAAUAAACCUCUUCUUUUUUAAACUUUUUUCUUUCAUUUUUUUUUCUUUCUCUUGUUAUUUUUAAAGAACAAAAAAAUGCAAAACGAUUCACAAAUGACAACUCAAAUACCUUCAGUUAAACUAGUGCUUUUAGGAGAGUCCUCUGUAGGCAAGUCAAGUAUCGUCACUCGUUAUGCUACCGACUCAUUUACAGAAGGAAGAGAGGCAACAAUAGGAGCCGCUUUUUUAGCUCGUAUCUGCUCAACAACAGACAGAAAAGUCAAGUUUGAAAUAUGGGAUACAGCAGGUCAAGAGCGAUUUCACUGUCUAGCUCCAAUGUAUUAUAGAAAUGCUUUAGCAGCGAUGGUAGUUUUCGAUAUAACAAAACAUAGUUCUUUUGAAAGGGCAAAACAAUGGGUUAAGGAGCUACAACGUCAAGCUAGUCCACAUCUAGUGAUAGCCCUUGUAGGAAACAAAACUGACUUAGACCAAGAGCGAGUAGUAUCAGAGCAAGAAGCAGAUGCAUAUGCAAAAGACACACAACUACUUUAUGUCGAGACAAGUGCUCGUCUAGGCACAAAUAUUGAUCAUGUGUUUGCUGAAAUAGCAAACAACAUCCCAGCGGAACAGUUGAACUCUAGAAUAGCAAACAAGAAACUGGAUAUGGGUGGCAGUGACUCAAAUGAUAAGGGUCAAUGUGCCUGCUGAAUUACAUACCUCUCUUUUGUCUAUCCAAUAAAAAAGAAAGAUCUUUAUUUCUGUUAUUCUUA